AUGAUUCGAUAUUCUGGUGUCCUAGGUGUUGCUUUGCAUCACCCGAAUCGUUUGCAGACCAGAGAGAUGGCUGGAGCUUUGAUUGGAGAGGCUUUUAUCUCUGCUUCCAUCCAAGUGUUGUGUGACAGAAUUACUUCACGCGAGUUCAUCAACUUAUUUCGGCAGAAGAAACUGGAUCAACCUCUCCUCAUGAAACUGAAGGUGACACUGUUGACCUUGAACGCAGUGCUCAAUGAUGCAGAGGAGAAGCAAAUAGAGAACCCGGCUGUGAGAGAGUGGCUUGACGAGCUCAAGCAUGCUGUCUUUGAUGCGGAGGACUUACUGGAUGAGAUCAACUAUGAAGCUUUGCGAUGCAAGCUCGAAGGUGAAGGUCAAAUCAACAAUUUAACCAAUAAGGUGUGGAACUUCCUAUCUACUUCUCAUAACCAUUUUUAUCAGAGCAUGAAUGUUAAGAUACAAGAGUUAUUACAAAGAUUAGAAGACUUUGUACAGCUGAAAAGUGCUCUUGGUCUGAGAGAAGAUGUUGGGAGGAAGGUUUCACAAAAAACUCCAACAACUUCCUUGGUUCAUGAACCUUGUGUGUACGGUAGAGAUGAAGUCAAAGAAAAUUUAUCAAAAUUGUUGUUAUCCGAUGACGCAAGUAAGGAUGAUGUGGCUGUGAUUGCCAUUGUUGGAAUGGGUGGAGUUGGCAAGACAACCCUUGCUCGAAUGCUUUACAAUGACCGUAAGGUGGAAGAACAUUUUACACUUAAAGCUUGGGCUUGUGUUUCAGAAGACUAUGAUGCUAUUAGGGUAACUAAAACUCUUCUUGAGUCAGUUACCUUAAAACCUUGUACAAUGACAGAUCUAAAUUUGCUUCAAGUUCAACUAAGAGAACAACUGAAGGGAAGAAAAUUUUUAUUUGUGUUGGAUGACAUAUGGAAUGAGAAAUAUACUGAUUGGAAGUGCCUCCAAACUCCUUUUACUUCAGGGGCAAGGGGAAGUAAAGUCAUUGUAACAACAAGGAACAAAAAUGUAGCAUCAUCCAUGCAAAAUGUUCCUAUUCAAUCCCUGGAACCAUUAUCCCAUGAAGAUUGUUGGUUGUUACUUGCAAAACAUGCUUUUGGAAAUGAAAACUCUAGUGCACAUCCAAACUUGGAAGAAAUUGGCAAGCAAAUUGCACGCAAGUGCAAAGGGUUGCCUUUAGCUGCACAAACACUUGGCGGUGUGUUACGGUGCAAACUAGAUUUCGAGGCAUGGAACAGAGUAUUAAAUAGCAGCAUUUGGGAGUUACCUUAUGAGAAAAGUGAUAUUCUUCCUGCUCUAGGAUUGAGUUACCAUUAUCUUCCAGCCAAGUUAAAACGAUGCUUUGUUUAUUGUUCAAUUUUUCCAAAGGACUAUGAAUUCAAUAUAGAAGAUGUGGUUUUUCUUUGGAUGGGAGAAGGUUUAAUUCACCAAGCUGAGGAUGGAAAAAGCCUCGAAGAGGUUGCUAAGGAACAUUUUGAUGAAUUGUUAUCCCGAUCUUUGUUUCAACCGUCGGGGAAAUCAAGUUUCACAAUGCAUGAUCUCAUCAGUGACUUAGCUAUGUUCAUGUCUAAGGGAUUUUGUUCUAGGUUGGAAGUGAGGGAAUCACAUGAAAUAGAAAGAGUUCGUCAUUUGUCAUAUGCAAGGGAAGAAUUUGAUGUUGCUCAUAAAUUUGACCCAUUAAAGGGGGAUAAGUGUUUGCGGACCUUCUUGCCUACCUCUUUGAAUCCAUACGAAAAGUGUUAUCUAAGUAAACAGGUUCUACAAGUUUUGUUGCCAUCACUAAGAUGUUUACGGGUCUUAUCAUUGUCACGUUAUAAGAAUGUCACUGUAUUACCUGAUUCUAUUGAAAAUCUCAUUCACUUGCGAUACUUGGAUCUCUCCUAUACUGCACUUGAAAGGUUACCUGGUGUUCUUUGCGGUCUUUACAAUUUGCAGACGUUAAUAUUGUCACAUUGUUCCUCUCUCGUCGAAUUGCCAUAUAUGAGAAAAUUGAUAAAUUUACAGAAAUUAAUGUUAACAGGCUGCAAGUCUCUUACUAAAUUGCCCGUAGAUAUGAGAGAAUUGAUUAAUUUGCAUCAUCUUGAUGUCAGUGGAACUAAGAUUGUAGAGAUGCCAGUGCAAAUGGGUAGACUAAAAAGUUUGAGAACAUUGGCUGCUUUUGUAGUCGGGAAAUCUACUGGGCCGAGCAUUGGAGAAUUGAGGGAGCUGCCACAGCUUCGAGGAAAGCUUUCAAUAUUGAAACUGCAAAAUGUAGUAGAUGCUAGGGAUGCCUUGCAAGGCAAUUUGAAGGAUAAGAAAGAUCUAAAAGAGUUAAAGUUGGAAUGGAGUGAUGAGGAUGCAGAUGAUUCCCUAAAGGAGAAAGAUGUACUUGACAAGCUCCAACCUUGCGUGAAUUUGGAGAAACUAACCAUUAGAUCCUAUGGUGGAACCCAAUUCCCUAAUUGGUUAGGAGACUCGUCCUUCUCUAACAUACAAGUCAUGUGUCUCAAAGAUUGUAGCUACUGUUGGUUGAUGCCACCAAUUGGGCGGCUACCUGCUCUCAAGAAGCUCAAAAUAAAAAGGAUGAAACUUGUUAAGACGAUUGGUGUUGAGUUCUAUGGAAGAACUGAAGGUUCUCCAAUUCAGCCAUUUCAAUCUCUGGAGAAGCUGCAGUUUGGGGAAAUGGCAGAGUGGGAGGAAUGGGUACCAAGUGGAAGUGGAAGUGGAGGUGAAUAUGGUCCAGACUUUCCUCGUCUCAAGGAGCUGAUUCUAAAAGAUUGUCCGAAGCUUAGAGGAAGCUUGCCCUUGGCUUGUCAUCUGCCUUGCUUGAAGAAGCUUUGGGUGUCUGGGUGUGAGGUUUUACAUGAUCAAAGGGCCACCACUACUACUACUUCUAGUCUUAAAAUGGACUCCUACAAAUCUCUUGAAGAAUUGUUAAUCCACGAAACAGGUCUGUUAUCAUUCCCAGAGAUACUAUUGCCCAACCUCAAUCGUCUUCAACAUUUGAGUCUCUGUGACUGUCCAAACCUGUUGUCGUUCCCUGAAGAUGGUCUACCCACUACGUUGAUAUCACUUGAGAUAGUCAAUUGUAGGAGAUUAGAAUUCCUACCUCAUGAGAUGAUGGCCAAGUUGACCUCGCUUGACAAUUUGCGGAUAUAUUAUAGCUGUGAAUCAAUGAGGUCCUUUCCGUUGGGCUUUUUUCCCAAAUUGACGUCGCUUUACAUUUGGGAGUGUGAGACUCUGGAAUCCCUUUCCGUUGAAGAAGGAGUUGUUGAGAAUCUCAGUCAUCUCAGAACUUUGUAUAUCACAGGCUGUCCAAAGUUGGUGUGUUUUCCCCAGGGAGAAUUGCCCGCUCCCAACUUGAAUGACUUUACAGUCGGUGAAUGCGAGAAUUUGCAGUCAUUGCCCGAACGCAUUCACACCCUCACAGGCCUUCGACAUUUGGGGAUAAGGGGUCUUCCAAAUCUUGAGUCAUUUGCAGAAGAUGGGGGUUUGCCCCCCAAUCUCCGAGUUUUUCGCCUUGAGAAUUGUGAGAGACUGAGGCCUUCAUCAGUGGGAGAGUACUGGGGUUUGCAAGGACUUGUCUCCCUUGAAGAAAUUAGAAUUGGUGGUAGGGGAAGUGGGGAUAUCUUGGAGACGUUGCUUAUGGAACAGCUGCUCCCUACUACACUUCGCACUCUCCGCAUCUGGGGACUUUCAAGUAUGAAAUCUUUGGAUGGUAAGGGACUUGGACACCUCACUUCUCUUCAAAGCCUACAUAUUAGUGGGUGUGACAGUAUCCAAUUCCUGCCAGAAGAGGGUUUGCCGCCAUCUCUUUCUUUCUUGAGAAUCUCCCAAUGUUCUGCCCUGGAGAAAAGGUAUCAGAAUAAGGCUGGAGAAGAUUGGGCCAAGAUAUCUCACAUUCCUUGCAUCAGGAUAAAUGAUGAGCAACGUGUGAAGGCAACCAUGAAUGAUUUCAGAGUCGAUGCUGAUGGUGUAAUCAUAGAUGUCAUCUUAGCUGCUUACUUCACUGUAAACGCCUUUCUCUUGCUCUCUUCUACCAAAAAAGGGAAUGCAGGGAUAGGAAUAGGAGUUAUAGUACCAUUGGAAGAAGGGGCACCUGUGGGAACAUCUCUACUGGCAUACCAUUUCAAUAGUACGGGUGCUGCCGUGCCACAAGGCACAACCAUGGAAAUAAUGAAAAAGAAAAAUGUGCAUUCAUCCCAUUCUUCUUCAACAACGGGGGAAUUUAUACUUGUCGCAUGGUUCAAAGGAGGCACCUUUCCUUUGCCCUAUUUCCCUGGUCCAUCUGCUGCUUCAUUGCCUAGUAGCUUUAUCUAUAUGGUUGCAGCUGCCUUGAGAAAUUUUCCAAUGUUCGGAGGUCAAAGCAACUUGUGUAGUUCCACGCAUGAUUUCAGAGUUCAAGCUGAUGGUGUUGCAAUAUGUGGUGUCGUCAAUGCUCUGCAAAGAGGAGCAGAGCAGACGAAGCAUGUUCAUACAUGGCAUGGCUCAAGACAUCAUCAUUUGAGACUGAAAAUCAGCCUUCAACUGUCUGCUGAGUCAAUAGACUUCUGUAGAGAUCUCAAGUGCAAGGGAAAAUUGAUGGUGGCUAAGUUUCAAUUAUUGUGUGGGAUCAAAGGCUCUGCAGAGAGUUUGCUGACCAUGGUGUUGAAAACAAAGGGUGCUGCGCAUCAAGUACGAGAAAAUCAGGGGGAAUUGCCCGCUCCAAACUUGAAGCCGCUUAUAAUCAUUGAAUGCGACAAUUUGAAGUCAUUGCCUGAACGCAUUCACACCCUCACAGCCCUACGAGAGUUGAGGAUAGAUGGUCUUCCAAAUCUUGUGUCAUUUGCAGAAAGGGGUUUGCCUCCCAACCUCCGACAUUUUAGCAUUCAGAAUUGUGAGGGACUGAGGGUUCUGGUGAGAGAGCACUGGGGUUUGCAACAACUUGUCUCCCUUGAAGAAUUUUAUAUUGGAGGUAGAGCAAGUGAUGAUAUCUUGGAGAUGUUGCUCAAGGAACAGCUGCUCCUACCACUCUUCACACUCUAG